CUUACUGACACAGUUCUUUUCAUAAAUAUGUGUGGAUGUUAUAUAUAUUUCCUACUUCUGUGAUUAAGAAUAUCAUUUGAGCGUCAGAUUUUCGCGCAGUCUUGAGCAGUUGAUUGACUUGCUUCGUCGCAUAUCUGUUCUACGAUUGUUCAUACUGUAAUUUAAUAAUUAUCUGUAAAACUUGAUCAGUAAAGUGCAAUUCAAAACUUUUGGUUUGAUAGAUAUUCCUAAAAAGUGCAUUUGACAUUUCAGUAGGUGAAAGGUUGUUAAUAUUAAAAUAUGGAUAUAACAAAUCUGCAAGAAUUCAUGGAAUUGCUUGGUCGAUUGAAGCAUAUGAAAAGGACAGGAUGGGUGAUCAGAAAUAUUCCUGAUCCAGAAACAAUCGCUGGUCACAUGUACAGAAUGGCCAUGCUUUCAUUCUUAGUGGAUAACGAAGAAAAUUUAGACAAAGUCAAAAUCAUGCAGAUGGCUUUAAUUCAUGACUUAGCAGAGUGUAUUGUGGGAGAUAUAACACCUCAUUGUGGUAUACCACCUGAUGAGAAACACAGGCUAGAAGAUGAGGCUAUGGAAGACAUUUGUAAACUGUUAGGAGACAAAGGUCCUAUGAUAUUAGAAAUGUUUCGUGAAUAUGAAAAACAGGAAUCCGCAGAGGCAAAAUAUGUUAAAGAUUUGGAUAGAUUAGACCUGAUCAUGCAGGCAUUUGAAUAUGAAAAGAGAGAGAAAAUUCCUGGACAGCUAGAGGAAUUUUUUGUUGCAACUAAUGGAAAAAUUAGACAUCCUUUUAUCAAUAAAGUAGCUACUGAAAUUGCUGCGAGGAGAGAAGCUUUUCAGACUGUCUCAACUAGUUCAAAAUGAAAAAAUGUGAAGUUCUGUAAACGGGAUUGAAAACUAUAACUCUUGUUUUGGCUAAUUAUUUAUAGGUAGUCUGGGUCAUUGAUAGCGCAAAUAACAUUUCAUUUUUUCCAAAUUCUUAUUUUUAAUAGAUAAAACGUUCUACAAUGUACUAACAACUUUUUUCACAUGUUUUGAAAGUUUAAAACAGUGAGUUGAUGUACAUGACCCAGUUUGCCUAUAGAGUAUACAAAAGAUGGUGCAUAUUGACAGCUAAUUUACAUCCACUAAAAGUUAAUGAACAAUAAUAUAAAAGUAAUAAUACCAAAUUUUUGUUGCACACAUGUACUACAUUUUCAAUAGAUCUUAAAAUAUGUUUC